AUGGAAGACCACAAGGAAGAUCUGCUGGAUUUUGAGUCAGAGAAAGUGGAAAUCUUAAGAUUGGCCCAGUCAAAAAGGAACAUUAACAGUUUGAAUAUGGACCUUGAAAGGGAUAUGCAGAGAAUAGAUGAAGCAAAUCAGGAACUUCUUCUCAAAAUUCACAAGAAAGAAGAUGAGAUUCAAAGGCUGGAAAGUGAGAUCAUUCAGACCAGGGACCUGGCAGAGGAGGAGGAGUGGGAGAAGGAGAACUUCACCACAAUGGAAAGGGAAAGAGCCUUGCAGGAGCUAGAAGAAGAAACAGCCAGGCUGGAAAGGAAGAAUGAGACUCUGGUCCACAGCAUAGCAGAACUUGAAAGAAAGCUUACAAGGAAAUCACAAAAGGCAACUAAGUGUGAACAAGGCAAUCUAAAGGGAACCCCAGAAGAAUCAAAGGCUAAGUUACAACAGCUGGAAGCCUCCUGUGUGGACCAAGAGAAGGAUCUGGCCAAGGUAAUAGAAGACUAUGCAUUUGUGGCCCAGCUCUGUGAAGAUCAGGCCCUCUGCAUAAAGAAGUACCAGGAAACUUUGAGGAAAAUAGAGGAAGAACUAGAGACUCGGUUCCUUGAGAGAGAAGUAUCAAAAGUCAUGGGCAUGAACUCUGCAAGCAAAGAGUGUAAUAGCCAAAAUAACCAGGAUAACUCUCUCCAAAAGAAGAAAACAGGGUUCUUUAAAAGGAUUUUUCGAUAUUUCUUUUUCACCACACUGUUUUUCAUCAGACUGCUGGGCUACUUGUUUUUCCAUAUAAGUUUUAUAAAUCCAGAUCUCUUUGUCAAUAUACUGCCCAAGAUACUGAGCAGGAACAUCUUGUGGAAGCUAAGAUGCUUCCUCUUUCCAUCUCUCACGCUUGAGACAGAGGAUGUGUUACCCCACUGA